CCCAAACCCCAUCCCCUUCCCCAUCCCCAGCUUCCGCUCCAAUCCCACCUCCUUCCCCUGCCCCAGCUCCACCUCCUGUUCCAACCCUAGCGCCAACGCGGAAUACCAUUCCAAUCGUUUUUACCGAUGGAUUUUCCUCCCAAGAUGCCUAUGCUCUUGCUUGCCAGAUCCAUUGCAGAGUUAUCCCGACCGGCGGACCCGCCGGCGGAUUUCCCUGGGGAGGCUGGGGUUGGCCCUUUUUUUCUUUCUUGUGUCAUCUGUGGCCAUCCUGAGACUCGUGGGAACACUAUGGUUUGUGAUGGCUGCGAGCGUGGGUUCCAUUUGAACUGUGUUCGGAUCCGGAUGCGCCAGUUUCCUGAUGACUGGCUUUGCCCUGAGUGCCAGCGCCGUGGUGUGCCUAAGAAAAGGUGGACGCUUGGGGUGUCGAGGCUGCUUAAUAUCAAUGAGUUGCCCCCUUGUGAUGCUGAAGUUGAGGUUAUUACUGUUGCUAGCGCUUUACUAAGAACAAACAAUCAUAGUGGGGAUCCUUUUGGUGGCUUUGGCAGGCAAUUUCCUCAGAUAAACAUAAAUCUUGAAGGGAAUAGUUUUGAUGCUUCAGUGGCCAGGACUUUGACAAUGAGUGCAGAAGAUCCAGAACAGUCUGGACUAAGUACUAUUAGAAAUUCACCGGCUCCUGGUUUUGGCUCUUUGCUCAGAGAAAGGACUACUGCAUAUAACUCUCCUAUCUGGGCAUCCAGCCAGUUGCAAGAAGAUACACUAAUUCAGGCCUUGAGAGAUUUCAUUAAGGAAAGAGGAGGAUUUCUUGGUGAAGGUUGGCAUGUAGACUUCAAACAAAAGGCGAACAGAUCUGAUUCACAUAUUAUUUAUUGUGCUCCAGAUGGAAAGAGGUUUGGGUCAGUGUUUGAUGUUGCCCACUAUCUUGGGCUAAAAUCAAAUGUUCGGGAUGAAAGAAACGAGAAGUCACUACGCCCUAGGAGGAGAAGGAAAGAGAACACAGGAACCACAGCGACCAAUGUGCUAGCUGAUAAUCAAGACAAGUCCAGGAGUGGUUAUUUUGCGAAGCGUACUUCUGAUAUGGGGGUCGUGGAACCUCAGUCCUCCAACAUACCUAGUCUCUCACAAGCUAUGGAAUCUUUCACGGGGAAAGAUCUUCGCUGUGAAACUCAAGCUUCGGUUGUUGAUCUUCCUGUUCAGUAUGAGGAUUUCUUCAUUCUCUCCCUUGGAAAAAUUGAUUUACAUGUGGGAUAUCAUGAUUGCACACAUAUUUGGCCCAUAGGAUAUUUAUCAUGCUGGCACGAUAGAAUUACAGGCUCAUUUUUUGAGUGUGAGGUUUCAGAUGGUGGUGAUUCUGGACCUGUGUUUAAGGUUAGAAGGUAUCCAUGUUCUUUGUCACCAAUUCCGAAUGCAGCAACUGUUCUAUUUCAUGAUAAAGUCAAAAAAGUUGAUAUAACAGAAAGUGUGGCUAGCAGCAGCAUGGUUAUUGAUGCUAAUUCUAAUAAAGAUGAUGAAAUUCUACAUCUUCUUUCUGAUCCUAAUCCUGAAGAUCAAGAUGUUCUGUCAUGCUUUAGCAGUGAUCAUUGUCAGGCACCACCCGGUUCAUUUAUGCAAAUUGACAUUCAGAAUCCAGAAGCUUCUGCAACUCAGUUUCAUCCCCAUACAGAGAAGCCUGGUGAUUCAAGAGAUGAAAUUGGGGAGUUCUAUGUAGAAGGAAGAUCGUCCUCUUCAGUAUGGAAAUUGUUAUCUCAGACUCUAAUAGAUGCCUGCCAUGAGGUGUACAAGCAAUCAGGCCAUGUGAAGUUUGUCUGUCAGCAUAAUAAUGGAACAAUAUCACACUCAGAUGAUGCAAAAGUUUUUGAUGGUUCUGGUUCCCUGGCUAGAUUUUCUUCUGCUUCUGGUCCAAUUGAUUGCCCAAGAGUGAUUAUGACUGAUAAGGAGCUAGAUGCUUCAUGCAACUCGUUAGCCAAAUGGUUAGACCAGGACAGAUUUGGAUUAGAUAUGGCUUUUGUGCAGGAGAUUUUGGAAAAGCUUCCUGGUUCUCGUGCUUGUGUUCAUUACCAGUUUUUGAAUGAUAGAAAUGACUCUUCAACAUCAUUGACUGUUGGAAAUGGGUUGCUUUCUUCCAUGCAAAAGAAUGGUGAUUGUGCCAGAGAUGAAGGUGCAUCAUUUGGUAUGAAUAGCAAGCAUACAAAUGUCAGGCUUCAAGAGGCAGCAGGUCACCAUCCUCUCCCAGGACAUCCCUUGAAAAGUAAGCUUCCUGCAGAUCUUAUUGGAGAUGUUUUCCAGAUAUGGGAAAUGCUAUGGCGUUUCCAUGAAAUAUUGGGACUUAAGGAACCUUUGAGUUUUGAAGAACUAGAAGACGAGCUUAUUGAUCCAUGGUCCAGUGGCUCAGAUCAUUUAGAGAAAUUUGAAAGGGAGAUUAAGGAUAGCAAUGGUGUGAUUUCACAGAGGACUGAAAAGUCAAAUAGCCCAGCUAUGUUUAGGACUGGUGAAUCUGAAUCUCCAGUCCAUGGGGAGAGUGAUUACAAAUUCAUUCCCAUUGAAACUGGAGUUAGGAAGGAAACUGAGCUUGCUAAAUUUGCAUCGCAUACUUAUGGCCGGUGUACUGGUGUUGUUUUGGCGAAGGCCCAUAGCUCACUGCUGAAAGUUUUAGUUGGUGAGCUUCUGUCUAAGGUGGCAGUCUUUGCAGAUCCAAGCGUUGACACUAGAGAACAAAAAUCAAGACGUGGAAGAAGAAAAGAAUUGGAACACACACUCCCUGGAAAAGACAAGAUUGAUUUACUUCCUGUUAAUGGACUGACGUGGCCAGAGUUAGCACGGCGAUAUGUUUUGGCUGUUUCAGCUAUCAAUGGUUUUGUGGAUUCUCCUGAAGUUUGUAGUCGUGAAGGCUUGAAAUUGUUCCGUUGUCUACAUGGUGAUGGUGGUGUCCUUUGUGGAUCACUUGUGGGUGUUGCUGGGAUCGAGGCAGAUGCACUGGUGCUAGCGGAGGCUGAAAGGCAAAUAUCCAAUUCGGCGACGAGAGAAAAUGAGAUUUUAUUUGUAGAAUCUAAGGAUUCUGAUUCCGCAAGUGUGUGCGAGCCUGCAGUUACAAGUGGUGGCGGUCUUCCUGAGUGGGCAAAACCAUUAGAACCUGUGCGAAAGCUGCCCACUAAUGUAGGUACACGGAUUAGAAGAUGUAUUUAUGAUGCUUUGGCUAAAGAUCCUCCAGACUGGGCAAGAGAAGUUUUAGAACACUCUAUCAGCAAGGCGGUUUAUAAGGGCAAUGCAUCAGGCCCUACCAAGAAAGCGGUCCUACAGUUGCUUAGUGAGGUUACUAGUGGAAAUUAUCAGCAAAAACCUAAGAAGGCAAGAAAGGAGAAAUGCUCUUAUUCUCUUUCAGAUGCCAUUAUGAAAAGAUGUCGCAUUAUUCUACGUCGCUGUGCUUCAGCUGAUGAAGAAAAAGCUUUUUGCAACUUGCUUGGUACUACACUUUUGACUUCAAAUGACAUUGAUGAUGAGGGUAUUCUUGGUACACCAGCUAUGGUUUCCCGCCCUUUAGAUUUUCGUACAGUUGAUUUAAGACUGGCAGCUGGCGCAUAUGUUGGAUCUCAUGAAGCUUUUCACGAAGAUGUUCAAGAGGUCUGGAGAAACAUACGUAUGGCAUAUAAAGAUCGGCCGAAUUUGUUGCAGUUAGCUGAAACACAGUUGCAAAAUUUUGAAGAGCUGUAUAAAAGUCAGGUACUCAAUGUAGUUCAGAAAUUUCAGGACAACACAUCCUUAGAUCCUGAAAGAAAGAAAGAAUUAGAUAAUAUCCUAGUUGGUCCUUACGAUAUUCCUAAAGCUCCUUGGGAAGAUGGUGUUUGCAAAGUUUGUGGAAUUGAUAAGGAUGAUGACAGUGUUUUACUUUGUGAUACUUGUGAUUCUGAGUACCAUACAUAUUGUUUAAACCCUCCACUUGUGCGAAUUCCAGAAGGGGACUGGCACUGUCCGUCAUGUGUUUCUGGUCUAGGUAAAAUACAACUUGCAAACCAGAAGAUUUAUGCUACCAGACGACAUCUAAAGAAAAGUUUUGGUGGGGAAACUCAAGCUUCCCGACAGGUUGUGAAUCAACUAGCAAACAUCAUGGAAGAGAAAGAGUAUUGGGAGUUCAGCACAGAAGAGAGAAUUUUUUUGCUAAAGUUUCUCUGUGAUGAAGUGCUGAACUCUGCACUUGUACGUGAACAUCUAGAUCAGUGCAUUGACAAAUCAAAUGAUCUUCAGCAAAAGUUGCGUUCUCUUUCUUGGCAAUGGAAAAAUUUGAAAUUUAAAGAGGAAAUGUUGUUAGUAAAGACUAUGAAGGAAAAUGCAACCAAAGCUAGCGGAGUUGGUGAUGCUAGGAAGGAUGGUGUGAGCUACAUGGUACCUAAACAUAAUGCAUUAGUGGAGCAGCAUUCAGCUUCUACUUUUAACAGCAAACUAAGUAGUACUCCUGACAGUUCUGAGAAUAAUUUGAAUAUGUCAUUUAUGGCGAUAGAUAACAGCCUUGAUGUUGGUGCUGGAAGUACUCUUGGCAAGAACAUUUGUCCUGAAUGGAAGGAAAUGCUAGAGAAACAUGACAAUGACAGUAGCCCUCAGACUUGCACCCUCUAUGACCUGCCAGAUUCCAAGGUUGAUAGCAUGGCAGUGGAUGUUAGUGAUGAUGGUAUUGACAACAGACCAAAGCAAAGAAUUCAGUUAUCAAAUCUUAAUGCUGAAAAACUAGAUGCAGAUGCUACACCAGAUGAACAGGUUGUGGUCCCUUCACAAGAAGAUGGGGAUGGAACUCAGGAAGAUGCCAUGGAUGGUAUUGAGCAGGAGAGUUUACAAAAUAGAUCUGUGGGUGUUGGAAGCUUUGAUGAAGAUGGUCAUACCAUUAACAAUGUGCCAACUGUUGAAACGAAUAAUGCCGUGCUUCAUAGCAUGGAUAUUGUUGAUGGAUCUUCUGUGUUAUCUGAUAAUGGGGGAACUCUUAUGGAAGGGAAUACAGAGCGCAUGCCAUUGGGUUCUGGAGUCAACAUGUCUGCAAGAAGUAUACUUAGUUUUGACCAAGAUAUGCAAGGGAACAAGUCGGUUGUUGCCAGUGUGUGCGAAUCUGAAACUAGUAACCUAGAGUUGAAUUCUUUAAGGAAGGAGAUCUCAAAUCUGCAGGAUUCUAUUUUAGCUUUGGAGUUUGAGCUUAUGAAGUCGUCUUUGAGAAGGGACCUGUGUAGGGAUUCUGUUGGUCGAUUAUACUGGAUAUUAGGUGGGCCCAGUGAACGUCAGUUUCUGUUUGUUGAUGGAAAUAUGCCCCAGCGCCGAGGAUAUAAAAGAAAAGAAACAGACAAGCUGAAUACAGGAAUAUUGUCUUCAAGCACCUCAGUUUUCCAGCCACAUAUGAAUACAAGGACACCUAAUUCUCUCUUUUCAUCUUGUUCUGAUUUAAAUGACAGCUCAUGCAAUUCAUCUUAUUGGGUUUAUGAAUCUGAGUCUGAAAUUGAAGAACUUGUUAGAUGGUUGAGGAACAGUGGCCCUAAAGAACGGGACCUUAAGGAUUGGAUCUUGCAGUGGCGCAAACUUGAGUUACAUCAAGCACGUAACCAUAUUGUUGAUAAUCAUCUUCCAUUAUCAGAGUCAUUCGUUAAUGAGAAUGUUACAAAUAUUCAUCUUUUGACUACGAAUGCUAUGCUAAUUCUUGAGAAGAAGUAUGGCCCUUGUUUGGAGGCAGAGGUAUAUGAAGCCUUCAAAAGGCGGGGUAAGAAGACCAAAACAAAUUGUGAUGAGAAAAUGUAUAGGUGUGAAUGCCUAGAACUUGUGUGGCCCUCUCGGCACCACUGUGUAUCCUGCCAUCAAACCUUCUGCGCGGUGAGUGAGUUUGAAAGUCACAGUGAUGGAAAGUGCACUCCUGUAAAUCCUGCUGAAGGCAAAGAAAGUGAUGACUUAUUGAGAAUGAAAAUAAUGAGAGCCGAUAGCUCCAGGGAGAGGGUGCAAUCUGGUGCAGAUAUUGCUGAUGUGAUGAAGAAUACAAAGUCAACUGUAAGCUCUAAACAACUAAAUUUUCCCAGAAAGUUAUGCCCAUAUGACCUUGAUGAUAUAUGUAGAAGGUUUGUAACUAGGGAUUCUAAUAAGGAUUUGGUGAAAGACAUUGGGCUUAUUGGGUCAGAUGGUGUCCCAUCAUUUGUGCCUUCUUCAGCUACUUAUUCCCCUGAUGCUACUUUAGUUUCCAAUCAGUUUAAGAAUAUUGACCCGGCUCUUAAAAGUGGUUUCCUGUCCUCUGAAGCCCAACCAUCAGUGUCUGCACAAAGGGCAGGAGUUGAUGCUUCUCCAGUUGAUGUUUAUAAUGUGGAUGAACGUCUUGCUCAGUUAUCUCCAAAUUCUUCUGUUCGUGAUGGUGGUGAGAAGAUACUUAAAGGUUCAACUCUGGAAUGUGCAGCUACUGGAAAGCAUACGUCCUCUAUAGUUAAUAAAACAAAGGAACUGAACGCUAAUCUCUGUCAUGCAAUCCCUGCAUCAAAAAAUAGCUGCAUGUUUCCUGACUCUUCUCUGAGGCCACUAGUGAGCAAGAAUUAUCAAAUCCUAAAGAGACUUAAGAUCAACUUACUUGAUAUGGAUGCUGCUCUGCCUGAUGAAGCAUUCAGACCUUCAAAAGCAAACUCAAUGAGGCGAUGUGCUUGGCGUGCACUAGUCAAGUCUGCAGAAUCAAUAUCUGAGAUGGUUCAAGCAACAAUUUUGUUUGAAGGCAUGAUUAAGACUGAGAAUCUUAAAAAUGGGUGGUGGUACUGGUCAUCCCUUACAGCUGCAGCGAAGAUGCCUACCAUUUCAUCCCUUGCUCUCCGGUUAUUCACACUAGAUGAUUCUAUCAUCUAUGUGAAACCUUCCCUCCCUGUCGUGGAUCCAGCUCCAACUGAGUCAGUGAAGCCUGCUACUAAGAUAGGGAAGAAGAGAAAGGAGAUGGAAGUUUGAUCAUGCAAGUCAAUCCUUGUGAAAGCUUGAGCUCUCAAGUAGGCUAUGUAGGGAAACAUAAUUUGAUCAGGUGUCUAAACUGACCUUGUAGAUUCUCGGAUAUCGUGACCUAGAUGUUAACAAUUUAUGCUAGCUCCUCUCUGUGUGCAUAAUUAUGACAUUGCUAACACCCGAUGGGUGCUGAGUAAGCCGGAAUGCCCUUCGGGUUUAUACAUUGGUUGGUAGGGUAUGUACUGGAGCGAGGUGUUUGAAAGAAGACCAGAGUUCGCAAAGGGGCAGGUGUUUGAGGGUUGGAUACCGGGAUAAAAUAGCAAGAUCAAUAGAAACAUACAAUAUGAAUCCUUUGUAAAGAGUGCAGAGAGUUAAAACCAUAAUUAACUAAAUAUUGAACUUCAAAAUAUGGCAUUCCUUCUCUUAUUCUAGUUUCAUUCUCAACUGCCGUGUGGAAUAUGCAUCCCCAUUGUCCACCCUUCAUCUGGAAUUUGCUUUUGCAAUGCAGCAAAGAUUGCAGCGAUAGAUCGGAUGAUGCAAAUUUGAUUGGAUAUGCCAAUGGCUCCAUAUUGCUGCAAGAGUGGUUGAAGGAUUUUGCUUUUGUCUUUUAUAUAGUUCGAUGGUUACUGAAUGCUAGGAUUUGUGGACAAAUUAAUAAGAGCAACUCUUUUCUUGGGACAAAUAUCUACCUCAGGUAUCAGGAAAGAAAGCAGAAAAUUGAACCCUGCUUCAUUUGUGCAGCACUCAAGAUUUAUGAGUUGGUGCUUGUUGUCUGCAUAUUUGGCAUUGUUGAACAAGCAGGCAAAAAUGUUCAUUGGAGUCUCAUAACAGGAUCCUCAGAAUCAUGACUGAUCUCAUCAGUAUUGAUUUCUUCUCAGAUUACAUGAGGAUCUCAAUAAAUCUUGGAAUAUUGCAGCAGUAAAGUUCUGGUUUUACCAGCACCAUUUUUUUUUUUUUUUUGGUUUUUUCCCAACAUUAAAUUUGUUGCAGUUCAUAUAUCUAGUCAUUCAAAGAAAUUACAUUCAUUUUGGAAAUUCAUAUUUCUGGUUUUUCAAGGAAAUUGUGUUCAUUUUGGA